GCCCAGGCGUGGCGCGCGGGGCGAGGGCGCGCGGGGCGGGGCGCGCAGAGGGCCUGCGCGGGGAGGACGCGCCGGCGCGCGGCUGUCCCCGCCCGGAGCCGCAGACGCCCCCGCCUCCGCCCCAGUCACCCGGCUCGCGUCCACCGGCAGAAGGAGCAGCCCCGGGCGGCGGCGCGACGGUCCCCGCCAUGUCUGCGGCCAUGAGGGAGAGGUUCGACCGGUUCCUGCACGAGAAGAACUGCAUGACUGACGUCCUGGCCAAGCUCGAGGCCAAAACCGGCGUGAACCGGAGCUUCAUCGCGCUUGGUGUCAUCGGACUGGUGGCCCUGUACCUGGUCUUCGGUUAUGGAGCCUCUCUCCUCUGCAAUCUGAUAGGAUUUGGCUACCCGGCCUACGUCUCAAUUAAAGCCAUAGAGAGCCCCAACAAAGAAGAUGAUACCCAGUGGCUGACCUACUGGGUAGUGUAUGGUGUGUUCAGCAUUGCUGAAUUCUUCUCUGAUCUCUUCCUGUCAUGGUUCCCUUUCUACUACAUGCUGAAGUGUGGCUUCCUGCUGUGGUGCAUGGCCCCGAGCCCUUCUAACGGGGCAGAACUGCUCUACAGGCGCAUCAUCCGUCCCUUCUUCCUGAAGCAUGAGUCCCAGCUGGACAGUGUGGUUAAGGACCUGAAAGACAAAGCCAAAGAGACUGCAGAUGCCAUCACUAAAGAAGCCAAGAAAGCUACCGUGAACUUACUGGGUGAAGAAAAGAAGAGCACCUGAAUCACUGACUGGACGAAACCUUUCUGCCCUUUCUGUAUCUUCCAAUUAGAGCUUGAUGUUACAUUAGA